AAUAGAAGCAAUUUCCAAGGAUUCUUCUGGGAAGCUUACUUCUUUCCAAAGCCCAAAGACAUUUAGUAUAAAAAAAACCCUCGUAAUCUUCCACAAUUUGGUUUUAGUCUUGGCCAACACUCCUUUUUCUUUCUUCCAUCGAAAGCUAUAUCUCCAUUUUGACUUCUUGAGCUCAUAAUUGCUCAAAUAUAAUCCAGGUCUUUGUACUUGUAUUCGUAUUCGCUUUCAGUUGGGUUUCAGCUUUUGCAGUCAAAUUCUUGUUCGAAAAAAGAUCCAGUCUUUCUUCGUCAACAAGUUAGUACGGACUAAAAUCGUUAAACACAGUUACGACUCUUAUCGCUGCGAAUUGUAAUUUCUAGUUCGCUUGUCGUAUCCAUUGAUACAACAAGAACAUAUAUUUUUCUUUUUCUUCGAUAUGGGUAAAGUAGGGGAAGACUAUCUACAGCAAGAAAUGCCGAGCCCGAAAGCCACAAUCCCAGAGAAGAAGACCUACCCAGCAUGGGCGAAGGAAGUGCAAGAAUGCGAGAAAUACUACGAAGUGACGAAAACCUCCGGGCUGAGCUACUGGGAGGUCCAAAAGCGGCUCAAAAUCCACGGCUACAACGAAUUGGAGAAGCACGAUGGCCCGUCGAUCUGGAGGUUGAUUCUGGACCAGUUCAACGACACCCUGGUCCGGAUCCUCCUCGCCGCCGCCAUCAUCUCCUUCGUGCUCGCCUGGUACGACGGAGGGGAGGGCGGAGGCGACGAGCUCACAGCCUUCGUGGAGCCGAUGGUGAUCUUCCUGAUCCUGAUACUGAACGCCAUCGUCGGUGUCUGGCAGGAGAACAAUGCCGAGAAAGCGUUGGAGGCCUUGAAAGAGAUUCAGUCCGACAGCGCUUCGGUUAUCCGGGAAGGGAAGAGGAUCCCGAAUCUCCCGGCGAAAGAGCUCGUCCCGGGAGACAUCGUCGAGCUGAAAGUCGGCGAUAAGGCUCCCGCGGAUAUGAGGCUGGUGGAGAUGAUCUCGUCGACUCUGCGAGUCGAACAGGGGUCCUUAACAGGGGAGAGCCAGGCCGUUAACAAGACCAUCAAACCAAUUCCGGAAGCUGAUUGUGAGAUACAGGGCAAAAAAUGCAUGGUUUUCGCCAGUACCACCGUCGUCAACGGCAACUGCGUGUGCCUGGUUACGCAAACGGGAAUGGAAACGGAGAUUGGAAAAGUCCACAGUCAAAUCCACUUCGCGUCCCAGCUCGAAGAGGACACGCCGUUGAAGAAGAAACUGAACGAAUUCGGAGAGGCGCUGACGAAAAUAAUCGGGUUAAUUUGCAUACUAGUUUGGAUUAUAAACGUGAAGUAUUUCUUCACAUGGGAAUAUGGCACCAACGGGUGGUGGCCUAAGAACUUCAAGUUCUCCUUCGAGAAAUGCACCUAUUACUUUGAGAUCGCCGUGGCGUUGGCGGUGGCAGCGAUUCCCGAGGGUUUGCCGGCGGUGAUCACCACGUGCCUGGCACUGGGUACGCGCAAGAUGGCCCAGAAAAACGCGCUGGUGAGAAAGCUGCCAAGCGUGGAGACGCUGGGGUGCACGACGGUGAUAUGCUCUGACAAGACGGGGACGCUGACGACGAACCAGAUGGCGGUGGCGAAGUUGGUGGCGAUGGGGGCGCGGAGGGAGGAGGUGAGGGGGUUCAAGGUGGACGGGACUACUUACAAUCCCGGUGAUGGGAAGAUACACGAUUGGCCUGCGGAAGGCAUGGACGAGAAUUUGAAAACGAUGGCGAAAAUCGCUGCGGUUUGUAACGAUGCGGGUGUGGCUCAUUCGGAGCACAAGUUCGUUGCCAGUGGUAUGCCUACUGAAGCUGCCCUCAAGGUACUAGUGGAAAAAAUGGGCUUUCCGGAAAAAUCCGAAGACGAUGCGUGUUCGAGUCCCUCUGAUACGAUAUUACGGUGUUGCCGACACUGGAAAAAGACUGUGAGGAGAGUGGCAACUCUGGAGUUCGACAGGGACAGGAAGUCGAUGGGCGUGAUUGUCAACUCUCCGACUGGGAAGAGGUCAUUGCUGGUGAAGGGUGCAGUAGAAAAUCUACUGGAGAGAAGCACUUCUGUCCAGUUGCUAGAUGGCUCUGUGGUAGAACUUGACCAAAAUUCAAAGAACAUCAUUUUGGAAGCCCUCCAUGGAAUGUCAACCAGCGCCUUACGUUGUUUGGGAUUCGCCUACAAAGAUGAUCUUUCAGAUUUUGAAACAUACGAUGGCGACGAGGAUCAUCCGGCUCACCAGCUUUUACUCAACCCAUUGAAUUAUUCAUCGAUCGAGAGUGACCUUACUUUUGUUGGCUUGGUUGGCCUAAGGGACCCUCCGCGAGAAGAAGUUUACCAAGCUAUUAAGGACUGCAAGGAAGCUGGGAUUCGCGUGAUGGUUAUUACGGGUGAUAACAAGAACACAGCAGAAGCAAUAUGUCGUGAAAUAGGAGUAUUUUCACCGGAAGAAGACAUAACUUCAAAUAGCUUAACCGGGAGAGAUUUUAUGGAAAUUAAAGACCAGAAAGCCCAUCUUAGACAAACUGGUGGGCUUUUGUUCUCUAGGGCUGAACCGAGGCACAAACAGGAGAUUGUAAGGCUACUUAAAGAAGAUGGUGAGGUGGUUGCCAUGACUGGUGAUGGAGUGAACGAUGCCCCUGCUUUGAAACUAGCUGAUAUCGGAAUAGCUAUGGGCAUUGCCGGGACAGAGGUUGCUAAGGAAGCUUCUGACAUGGUUUUAGCUGAUGACAACUUUAGUUCAAUUGUGUCUGCUGUUGGUGAAGGGAGAGCUAUUUACAACAAUAUGAAGGCUUUCAUCAGGUACAUGAUCUCCUCGAACAUAGGUGAAGUUGCCUCUAUAUUCUUGACAGCGGCGUUAGGGGUUCCUGAAGGCUUGAUCCCUGUUCAACUCUUGUGGGUUAACCUUGUCACCGAUGGACCCCCAGCGACAGCCUUGGGAUUCAACCCACCUGAUAGGGACAUCAUGAAGAAACCCCCUCGUCGAAGUGAUGACAGCCUCAUCAGUGCUUGGACUUUGUUCCGUUAUCUGGUCAUUGGACUAUAUGUUGGAAUAGCAACCGUGGGGGUGUUCGUUAUUUGGUACACGCAUGGUUCUUUCUUGGGCAUUGACCUUGGUGCUGAUGGCCACACCCUAGUCUCAUACUCCCAGCUUGCAAACUGGGGCCAAUGCUCAUCUUGGGAGAACUUCACGGUAUCCCCUUUCACAGCCGGCUCACAAGUGUUCUCCUUCGACCACAACCCGUGCGAUUACUUCAAGCAAGGAAAAGUGAAGGCCACCACACUGUCCCUCUCGGUCCUCGUUGCCAUCGAGAUGUUCAAUUCGCUCAACGCCCUUUCUGAGGACACGAGCCUCCUAACGAUGCCCCCUUGGGUCAACCCUUGGCUCCUUCUGGCCAUGACCAUUUCGUUCUCCUUGCACUUUCUGAUUCUCUACGUGCCAUUCUUGGCUCAUGUGUUUGGUAUAGUGCCCCUAGGGCUCAAUGAAUGGAUAUUGGUUUUGACAGUUGCUUUCCCGGUGAUUUUGAUCGACGAGGUUCUGAAGUUUGUGGGGAGGAGUACCGGAGGACUUUUCACAUCCGGCUCGAGAAAAGCUUUAAAGCCCAAGACAGACUGAGAGAAAACUUGUGCGGCCUUGACAUAAAAAAAAAAAGGACUUGCAAAAAAAGCUUCCUUAUGGAAGUUGGGGGAUUGUAAAAUACAUGUUCUUCUAUAGUUAUAUUUGAUCCCUACAUGGUUUUUAUACUUGGUCCAACCGCUGACCCUUGCCUUUCGUUGAAUGGGAAGAGGUUGGACAUCGAAGAACUAUAUCAACUUUUUUUCAACCUUUCUUUUCUUCUUCGUCUUCCUUUUUUCUUUUUUCUUUUUUUUCUUUUUCUUCUUUAUCGUCAAAUGAAACGUGUGUAAAAACUAAGUACUUACGCAAUACAAGUUGAGAUCCUUAUACUA